AUGGAUCAGUCUUCCUUUGCCAUGACACCUCCUACCGAAUUCGAACAAGCCAGCGAGGCGCCUCCAGACGGUGGCUACGGCUGGGUGUGUGUCGGUUCAUUGUUCUUUAUCAACUUCUCCACAUGGGGUGCGGUCGCUUCCUUUGGCGUAUACCUCUCGCACUACUUGCAUACAGAACGCUUCCCGGACGCAUCGGCGUUGGAGUACGCCCUUGUUGGCGGCUUUAAUUUCGCGUUCGCGAUGAUUGCGGCGCCCGUUGUCACAAGACUCACCCACCGCUUUGGCAAAUUCGCAACAAUGGCGGCGGGCAUCGCGCUACAAAUCAGCGGCUACAUUUCGGCCGGCUUUGUGAAUCGUAUCUGGCAGCUCAUGGUCACUCAGGGAGUCCUCGUCGGCCUUGGUAUUAGCUUCAUCUACGUCCCUAGCCUGCCUAUUCUCUCUCAAUGGUUCGAAGCUCGACGGAGCCUAGCAAACGGAAUUGCCAGUGCCGGUUCUGGAUUCGGGGGAGCACUGUUCGCCUGGACRACCCAGGCAAUCAUCGAUGCUUUCGAACUUCAAUGGGCUCUAUGCGCCACAGGGUUGGUCACAUUCUUCCUUUCUGUAAUUGCGACAAGCCUACUCCGCGAUCGCAACAAGUACAUACUGCCUCCACAGCUAGCUUUCGACACGUCGUUGCWCAGGAGGUACGAGGUUCGACUUCUACUUGCGUGGUCCUUCGUGAGCAUGCUAGGAUACAUUACGCUUCUAUUUUCGCUGUCCGACUUUGYGCUUUCAAUUGGGAUCUCACCGCAGCGGGCUACUAAUAUCAUUGGCUUCCUCAAUGUUGGUACCGCAGUUGGACGUCCAAUUAUCGGUAUCGCGAGCGACAAAUCUGACCGCAUCGAUGUCGCAUGUGCUUUAACACUCAUUUGCGGUUUAUUGUGCUUUGCAUUCUGRGUACCCGCUCAGUCUUACGGACUAUUGGUAUUCUUUUCGCUUCUUGCAGGAGCUACUUUAGGGGUAUUUUGGAUGACAAUAGGUCCCCUCUGCGUCGAAGUCGCAGGUCUCAAAGACCUGCAGUCUCUACUCUCUCUAUCAUGGACUACCAUUAUCCUGCCGGCUACGUUCUCUCAGGUCAUCGGGCUUAAGAUACGACGACCGAAUUCCUCGAGACCGUAUCUGAACCCACAACUGUUCGUCGGUCUUUCAUAUCUCUGUGCUGCCUUGAUUAUGUUUGAGCUGCGCCGCAUCAAGCGUAAAGAGUUGACAGCACGAAGAUGA